AUGACCUCGUUUUCAUAUUUCGUUUUCUUUUCUUUUUUUUUUCUUUUUAUCCAAUCGUCUCUCUGGUUUUGUUUUUGCUUUUGGGCUUUUUGUUCUUUUUAUAUUACUUUUCUUUUUUUCUUUUUUUUGCUCUUCGUCUUUUUCCAACGACCAAACUUUCUUUCUCUCUCUCUCUCAUCUCUCUCUUUCACUUUCUAUUCUCUAGUCUAUCUCUUUCUGUUUUCUCGUCGUCCCUCUCUCUCUCUCUCUCUCUCUCUAUUCUCUAAUCUCUCUGUUUUUCUAUUCUCUAGUCUAGCAUCUCUCUCUUUCUAUUCUCUCUCUCUCUCUCUCUCUCUCUCUCUAUUCCCUAUCUCGCAUCUAUCUCUUACUAUUUUCUCGUUUCUCUCUCCCUAUUUCUGUUCUCUCUCUCUCUCUCUCUCUCUCUCUCUCUCUCUCUCUAUCUUUUCUCUUCUUUCCUUUUCUAUUUUAAAAACUCUUUCUCUCUCUCUCUCUUUGUGUUCUCUUCUUUCUUUCUCUCUCUCUCUCUCUUUCUGA